AUGUCGUCUCCCAACUCACAGUUGAGUGAUGCCAACGUCACAUCGACAAAUGCUACCUUUGUUCAACAAGAAAACACUUCGCUUACUGUCAACGCAGUGGCACUUGGAAUCAUAACGUUGGUGGGAACUCCAACAAACGUGCUCGCAUUCGUCACCCUUCUUUACGAGAAAUCCCUUCGCACGCCUGCUAACAUACCACUGUUGUUCCUGGCUAUAGUAGAUGGACUGAUGUGUGGACUGGUCGCGUCGCUGUACCUUACUCAACAAUUUCUUCUUGGGACGUACGCUGGGGAAACUCUUUGCCGCAUCAUAAGUUUCUUCUUUAUAGUAAACGGUGCCUCUUCGGCUGGACUUAUAGUGGUUGUGAGCGUGUGUAGACUCAUCACAGUGGUCUACACGAACGUUAUACUGAACUAUCGUCACUCUAUCUCUGGCUCGUGUGUGGUGUUGUUGCUGGCGUUGGCCAUGGCGACUCACUAUGUGAUCUUCCCCGACACUGAAUAUCUGACCUGUGUGAACAGGCUGCACUUGGUCCCCGGAACUAGGGACAGUGUAACUGAAAUGAUAGCUGUCACGUCCACCAUUUUGUGUCUGUUCGCCAUCGCCAUCUGCUACUGUAAAAUCUACUGGAAAGUACGACAACACAGACUGACGCUCAGACCCAACAGGCGACAUAAUAUUCUUAAUUCCAGCAACGUCACAGCCUUUUCAUCGACCAGCGACGCCGUCCUCUACCCAGAGACUCUCCUUAUUGUCAACUGCGCGCUACUAGGAACCAUUCUAGCGGUUGGAACGCCGGCUAAUAUUCUUUCCUUCGUCACCCUUGUUUACGAGAGGUCUCUCCGUACCCCAGCUAAUAUUCCACUGUUGUUUCUCGCGGUGGUAGACGGACUUAUGUGCGGACUGGUCGCACCACUCUAUUUGGUUAAAACGUUUCAAUUCGAGAAGCCAUCGGGAGAAGGGCUAUGCAGAAUCAUUGCCUUUUUCUUCGUACUGAAUGUCAACUCGUCCGCCUGCUUGGUAGCUGUUGUGGGUGUCUUCAGAGUGAUAACAGUGGUCUAUACGGGUGUCCUGGUGAAGCAUUGCCAUUCUGUGAUCGCGUGUUCUGUGGUGAUUUUUGUGUCCCUUGCUACGUCCAUCUACUACGAGAUUAUCCCUUCAACCCAGUAUAUCAACUGUGUUAACCGGCUGCACUUGGUACCGCCGAUUAGGAACAGUAGCAGUGAAAAGAUAAGCGUAUUACUAGUGAUAACUUCACUGUUCAUCAUCGCAGUCUGCUACUGCAAGAUCUACUGUAAAGCACGGCGACACGCACUAACCGUCCGGCCUACCAGGCAAAACAACAUCGUGCGUGUGGAUGUGGUCACUCUACGUGCCGCCAUCUUGAUCCUGACGACCUUUAUUCUGUGUUACGUUCCAGCUCUUAAGAUAAUGUAUCCAAACGUCACAUCGCCAAUUGCCAACAAUAUUACAACAACGGCCGCUACAAAUGACACCGUUGCCUACCCUCAAACUUUACAAGUCUUCAACUCCAUGUUACUCGCGGUUGUGAUUGUGGUUGGAACGACCGCAAACCUCCUCUCUUUUGCCACGUUUGUCCUGGAAAAAUCGCUCCGGACUCCUGCCAACAUCCCUCUACUGUUUCUAGCGGCAGUAGACGGACUCAUGUGCGGACUGGUUGCCCCUCUCUACCUCGCGAGAACCUACGAAUUUGAGACGUCAUCGGGGGAAGGACUGUGCCGUAUCGUCAGUUUCUUCUUCGUUCUUAAUAUCAACGCUUCAGCCUGCCUCAUAGCUAUCGUUGGGAUCUUCAGAGUUAUCACUGUUGUCUAUACUGACAUCCUACUUCGGUAA